AAAGGCAGCCGAAUGAGGAAUGAAUUGGAGAAAGAGAGUGUGUAAUAGGCGGGAAAGCAAAACCAGAAGAGAGCGGCAGAGGAGAGAGAAAGAAGAUGAAGGAGAGAGGGGGAAAGGGAGGACAGCCGUCGGUGGACGAACGUUACACUCAAUGGAAGUCUCUGGUCCCCGUUCUCUACGACUGGUUAGCCAACCACAACCUCGUCUGGCCUUCUCUUUCUUGCCGAUGGGGUCCACAGCUAGAACAAGCCACUUACAAGAAUCGCCAGCGUCUCUACCUUUCAGAACAGACUGAUGGUAGUGUUCCAAACACACUUGUCAUAGCAAAUUGUGAAGUUGUUAAACCUAGGGUUGCUGCUGCAGAGCACAUAUCACAGUUCAAUGAAGAGGCACGGUCUCCUUUCGUAAAGAAGUUCAAAACAAUUAUACAUCCUGGAGAGGUGAAUCGAAUCAGAGAGCUUCCACAGAACAGCAAGAUAGUGGCUACACAUACUGACAGUCCUGAUGUUCUCAUUUGGGAUGUUGAGGCUCAACCUAAUCGUCACGCUGUGUUGGGAGCUCAAGAUUCCCGUCCGGACCUGAUACUGACUGGGCAUCAGGACAAUGCAGAAUUCGCUCUUGCCAUGUGCCCUACUGAACCUUUUGUGCUCUCUGGAGGGAAAGACAAAUUGGUGGUUUUGUGGGGCAUUCAAGAUCACAUCUCCUCUUUGGCAUCAGAUCCAGUCUCUGCAAAGUCUCCAGGAUCUGGGGGUGCCAGCACAAAGAAUGCAGCAAAGGCUGGUGGGGGCACUGAUAAACCUGUAGACAGCCCUACUAUUGGACCACGAGGUACCUAUCAAGGGCAUGGAGAGACUGUUGAAGAUGUUCAGUUCUGCCCUUCAAGUGCACAGGAGUUCUGUAGCGUUGGUGAUGAUUCUUGCCUUAUACUAUGGGAUGCAAGAACGGGUUCUAGUCCAGUCCUCAAGGUUGAGAAAGCUCAUGAUGGUGACCUGCACUGUGUUGAUUGGAAUUCGCACGAUGUUAAUCUCAUUCUGACUGGGUCAGCGGAUACUUCUGUUCGUAUGUUUGACCGUCGAAACCUCACUUCUGGGGGAGGUGGAUCACCUGUUCAUAUAUUUAAUGGUCACAAUUCUGCUGUCCUUUGCGUUCAGUGGUCUCCAGACAAGUCAUCCGUCUUUGGAAGUUCAGCAGAGGAUGGCAUCUUGAACAUCUGGGAUCAUGAAAAGAUUGGCAAAAAGCAAGAUGGUCUUGGAACAAGAGUUCAAAAUUCUCCGCCAGGCUUAUUCUUCCGACAUGCUGGGCACAGGGAUAAGGUUGUUGAUUUUCAUUGGAAUUCAUGUGACCCAUGGACAAUUGUUAGCGUAUCUGAUGAUGGUGAAAGUACCGGUGGGGGUGGUACACUACAGAUAUGGCGGAUGAUUGACCUGAUUUACAGGCCAGAAGAAGAGGUCCUUGCCGAGCUAGACAAGUUCAAAUCUCACAUACUUAACUGUUCAUCUUGAUGUUCCUAAAAGAAAACUAAAAAGAACCAUCUGGUUACAUUGACUUCUGAACUAGUGAACAUUGUGAAGCUGAUAAGCAAUCCCUGAAAUAGUUGUAGAGGCUAACUUUUCAUGUUCUCUUUCAGAUUUGGUAUGGAUGUUUAAUCUCGGUGCACUGCUGUAUUAACAUAUGGCUAGCCUAGACAUUGGAAGAGAUACGUUAUCAUGAACCUUGGUUUCACUGUCUUUUAAGACUGCCUCCAUUGGAAGAGAUUCUGAAUUUUUGUGUUU